ACGCACGCAGUCAGCAGCAGAGGUCUCGCACGCCAUUGAUACUGUCUUCUGGCACGCUGUCAACGGCCUCGGCCUGCUGUGUCUCCUUUGUGCCUCAGUUCGCUUCUGGGCCGGAAGCCUUCUGAGUCCACUCUUAUACUCUUCCAAAGCGACCAUCACACUGCAGGACCAUCCUAAACUCGCGACAUUUGCAUGGACCCUGUUUGGCACGCUCCUCGAAACUCUGCACGACCACACUGUUUAACAAUAUUCUCCGUAUCAGCAGCCAGCAGCUAUUACGCCAGGGAGCUACAAUCGUAACGGUCGAAUUUUGGCACAAAUCGGCUACCCAUUCACCGUCAAUUCGUCUCAUGGAAAUCUCUCCCAGCUGUCGCG